AUGGGCGUUGACGAGCUGUGCCAUGGCUUGCCCGUCGGGGAAAAUCUCAUGCGCCUUGCGCGUCCCAGGGGCACCGUCGGCUUCCUCGUCAGCUCCGUGGGCUCCCUGCUGGCGCUGAGCGUGAGGGGUCCCGUGGAGGAUCAGCUCGAGGCGGCCCUCGGGCGCAACCCGCAGGACUCAUGGCCUCCCGCCUGCUGGUUGCCACACGUGCGCAGCUGGCUGGUCGUCGUCCUGCUGGUCCUGAUCCUCGUGGUGGACGCGGGCGGCCUCGUCAGCAUCGUGCUGUCCAGGCGCGGGCACGCCUUCCCGCACAACGAGGGCCGCCGCGCCUGCACCUGGCUGGCCAGCCCUCGGGUGAUCAACUUCUGGUGGAUGGGCUCCUCCGCGACGUUCGUGGCGCAGGCGUGCGCGCUCCCGUUCUACGCGGGCCUCUUCAUGCUCCUGCUGAUCGUGUCGAGGGUCUGCAGGCGCGACGCGGGGACCUGCGCCGCCAGCCUGGCCCGGGAGGCCAGGCGCGAGUUGCCCGCGCUGGACGCGGAGGGCUACUGCAGCUCCGGGGGGGACGACAGCGACCCCGUGCGCUUCUUCCUCCUCGCGGCCAUCCUGACGGUGCUCGGCCAGGCGACCAUGGCCGCCAGCCUGAACGCGGAGUGGGAGCGGCUCUCCGAGGAACUGCACUACUACCAGGAGCACGACCACGACGGCGAUCCAGACGACCCGGGCGACCCCGGCGACCACACCGACGAGAGCGCAGAUUACGAUGUCGCCUGA